AUGGGAUUUCUGCUCACUGAGGCACCCGAGGCUGAGGCACCCGAGGCUGAGGCACCCGUAGCUAACCUGAAAGCCGCCAUUGUCAUGAUCAUCCACGUGUUUGCCCGCUACGCAGGGACACACAGCAGUGGGCGGAGCCUCAGCAAGGAGGAGCUGAGGGUGCUGCUGGAGAAGGAGCUCCCGGGCUUCCUGGAGAGCGGGGAGGACAAGGACGAUGCCAUGGAGAAGGUGUUCAGGAGCCUGGACACCAACGAGGACGCCACAGUGAGCUUCCAGGAGUUCCUCCUGCUGGUGGCGGGGCUCCUGGCGGCCUGUCACAAGCACUUCCAGGAGGAGGGAGCCAGCUGA